GCCGGUUAGCGUGGAGAAGGUUUUGGGGAAUCGUUCAUCGCGCAACUGUACUGCUAUCAGUCAUCAGGCUUGGGCUGUCCGGAGGUUACGGACAACAGGGUGUAACUUGAAACCCGAUCCACGGUGUUGAGUAACCAGAAGGACGAAGCGCAUAUGGUGACCCCUGCGGAUGAUUACAUUGUAUCGUAUCGUAGCCGUUGUUUUUUCGCAUCGAAAGCGUUCGCUUCGCGUUUUUGGGGUACUUUUUGCGACAUCGAACGCGACGUGCUGUCUUAUUUCAGGGGUGUUAGAUUACUGACCUUUCGGUAAAGCUAGAAUCAUUUCCUUGUUUUCAACGGUUAAUGGUACUUUGGUGGCUAACCUCUGGGCCAUUUGCAGUGCCAGCGAAGGGUAAGUGGUGAUGUAUGCAAAGUUUGAAAAGCUGUUUGCUUAAAGUGUUGAUCGGUGGUUAAGUGUCGUUUGCAAGGACCAACGUAGUUUGUGAUCUCUUCUUAUUUUAAUUUCGAUUGCUAUUGGACUAUUCUUUUUGCUAUCUUCCUAUUGCUUUUUUACAGAAAGGAAUUGUAUCUCGAAGAUCAAUAUAAAAUCCCUAUCUGCUUAAAACGGGAAAGCAUCCACUUUAUUGAAUAAUGUAGAAUGCCUAUUAAAUGGAAUUUCUAGCUAAAAACUGCAUCUUCGAUAAUCAGGUACAUUGAGCCUGUAAGACAAAAUGAGCGAAUGAAAAUAGUUUGGGUUUUUCCAAGUUGUUCAUCGCAGGGACCAGGGACUUUCAAAAUGUAACUCAUUCACGAAGAUCUGGGAAUAUCCCGCCACCACCGGAAGCUAAACAUCCUUCUGGACACAUGCUGUUGGAGGUGUGAAAAAAUAAUAACCUCAUUUGGGUUUUGUUUUUUCUAGCAUCAUUAAAAUGGGAACAUGCCCUGCAAUGUUGCUCGUUCAUGAAGGUUUCGGACUUCCCAGGAAUUCAGUUUUGGGCUCCUCAUUCACGUUAAUGCUUUAGCGCACCCGCAAGCCACAACAGGGUAAGAAAACGUUUUAGCUAUGGUGGGAUUAAAUGUACAUAUCUGCUUAAUCCGUUGCCCGAUUGUUCCGCCCGGAUGGACUGUGACGGACGUGCAGACAUGUUCAGAUGUAAAGCUGGAAAGAAAGUACUCACCCGCGUCUCACGAAGGCAAAGUGCAACAGCGCCACGAUAGGCGGUGGCCCAGAUUACACAACUGUACGGUGUGCGGUCGGCACUCCGCAACAAGCUUUCCGUCCAACAGCGGAAUCUCCGAGCAGAAAGGAAAGGUGCUGUAGAGUAAACAUGGACCAAUCGAGGCAAGAUUGCCGCUUCUGGCAUGGACCUGGGGGCGUUUGCUCUGGUGAUAAUUUAUUAAUUGUUUGAUUAAAUAUAAUUCAUUCGAUCUAAAUAACAGAUAAAUUUCACUUCACAGAGCAUCAAUCCCGGCCGCAUCCAGUGCAUCAAGUGUGCGCCGUAGCGCGAAGCUUGUCAGAAGUCUCCGGUGGCGGUAGCGCUCACGGUAUGCGUCGGUCGUUAGCAGCCGCAUUUCCGUUUGUUGGCAGCGAGUGUAAUAAAUAAUUCGGAAGUGAAAAUGACAUGCAAUUGCUUCUUUGCUGUCCGCAACUUCCAACCCCCCAAAAACGGGAGUAAACGGUGCCGCACGGCAGAGCGAAUACGCUUUGAACGUAUCUUUUGGCAGAUUGGCUGGUGCUGAUGCAUGCUGCCUAGGCUGUGGUAGCUAAAUGCUAACCCCCUUACGCACAGGCGGAACACCACCGGCAAGGCCAACGGGUGCGUGGAUUGAGCGUUCGCGUCAAUCAGUCUAUCCUGAGCCAACGAUCUCUAGCUCUUUUGCUUGUGCGCUCGCUUGUUCAUCCCCGUGCCGGCACGCUCGCGAUCGCGCAGCCUAGUACGACAAGUGCCCGACACGCGUGCUGCGCCUGCGAUGAAGCGUUUUCUCCAGCGCGGUGUUUACAAAUCGUUCUCAUAAAUAUUCUCUCACUCUCACCCUUGUGCAAGACUGUACAGUAAGAUCACGACGGGGGUGGAACGGCGGUGUGUAGGAGAUCGAUCGAUCGAUUGCUCCCGCGAGGGCAGAGAUGAAAGUUUACACACCGUUUACAUAAAUCUUCACGAUUUGUUGGAGUGUAAAUAACUGUUAAUGAAAAUAUGAUUUCCUCAAUAUUUCUUACUGCCCCGGUUGGUGGUAAAGAGCACAAGAAAGGGAGAGAGAGAGAGAUAGUGUGUAACUGGGUUGGUGUAGCAGUUCCGUGACGAUCGUUUACCAUUCGUCGUAAAGGCACCGUGGCACUGCGGUUUGAUUCUCAAGGAUAACCACAAUCGAUCGAGGCCCGCUCUGGCUGCUGGAUGUAUAUUCACUAACACCCGGGAGGUCAACAACUAGCAUUCAGAUGCAAAGUUGUCGUUUUUUUCAUCCAAGAAUUACUUUAAAAUGUAAACCUAACAUUCAAGUAUAUUACAUAAAGGUACAGCUUCCUUACUCGGGAUAUGGUGAAGAACACUCAGCUCCAAAGAUCAAUCUUCAACUGUCAUUUCGAACGUCAAACGUCUUUCAAACGUCUUGAUCCUCUCUUUAGGAGUGUUGGGCUUCCUCUCAUCCUUUACACACCAUGGCCACGCCCAUUCACUGUUCAUCCACGUUCAUUCCGCUGGUUCAUGCGAGUUGGGUUUCGAUUCAUUCGCAUUUUUCCUCUCGCGUUCAUUCAUUCGUGUUCGAGAUGCUGUCGCGAGAUGUUUAAAAUUUGUGAAGCUGCCGCGAGACGACUUUACCAUUUAGUGCACGGUAGCGAUUUGUGUGCGUACGAAUAGUGAGGGAAGAAAUACAUUUUUUUGUUCUCGUUUCAAAACAAAUUGUUUACUUACGCUGACCAGUCGGUUGGAGAUAUAGUGCAAAAGUUUGGAAAAAGUGAUGCGCAAGACCAGUACAACGGUGAUCGAGGUGCAUUCGCGUUGAAAUCGUAAAUCUGGAGCAGUGGCAGUGCAGUGCAGAAGUGUGGAAAAAUAAAAGAGUGUGACACACUAGCGCCCUCCCCGCCAACAAGAGAUUGGAAUGUAACGGGCACGACUGGAACGCAAAUAAUUUACCUUCCACUUUUUGUUUUUGUGCUUUUUUGCGCCGGACCCGAUCGAAAGUGCGAUCGCGAAGAAGUGCAUAAGACGUCUGUGCGUGGGCGACUACAUACAACAACAACAACAACAACAACAAAAGUAAAGUGAACGAGCAACUUUCGUGCAAUCGGUGUUACCAGUGGACAGAUUUUUUUGUGAUUGUGUACUGCAACCUGGCAUCUCUAGCCCUGCCAGCGAACCUAGGGGCCCAGAAGCGAGAGGUUUUUCGGUUUGCGGUGCGGAACGGAAAGGAAAAGUGUACGAAACCGAGCCAAGGGUCGUGUCGGGCAGGUAGAGUCCUUUCGAACAUCGAACACAGGCAGACAGAGGCCCGGCGAGUGAAGCAAAAUUAAAACAAGGAAAAAAUAUAUAUAUACAUUCACACAAACAUAAAUACACAUACACACAAACAAACAUACGUACAGUGCAAGGAAGCGCAGGCGAAGACACAAGCGGAGCACACAUCACAGGAAAAAAAGGCAAGAAACCCCGUGCUUCGAGCGUCCUGUCGCGAAGUGCAGUGGUUCGAUGUGAAAGUCGAGUGACGGUAGCAAAUUCCAGGCGGAUUUUAGUGAAAUAAUGCUUUGUGCCGGUGAUUGGCCAGUGAGCAGGAAACAUUCAAACGCCCAUCUCCAGAGCACCGAAGGGCUCGUCACGACUCAGUGCCAUAGCGGCCAACAGGGUCACCAGGGCCAUACCGUACCGUGUUACAGUCGGCAGUAGUUGGCCGUGUGUGUGUGUGUGUUUUUUUUGUGUGUAUCGUCACCCAAACUACCGGAAGGAGCAAAACUAGCAAAGCUCCCUGACAUACACCGAAACGAUCAGUUUUGGUCCAUAUCCUUCUGUAUCCACCGGACCCAACAAUUUCCCGGGUCCGUUCCGGCGGCUCGGAGUACAUGACGCGGGAACGGCUGCGUGCGCAUGCGGCUGCGUAUCCUCGCGGCUGCAGCGAAACGCGCGGCCUGCCAGGGCUACGGGUCGCAGUCUUUGCGAGGACACUCGGCGAUCCCAUCACACAGCAAGUAAUGGUCAGGCGACACACUAGAAGAAGACUACUUCCGACAACCAUGCACGCAUGGUUUUAUGUGUUUGCUGUGUUGGCGAUUUCGCACGGUGCCAUAAAAGUUGCCAGCACCGACAGCAACACGGUGUCUCGGACGAAAGUGACCGCACUGAUCGGUAUCGAUGGGGAGCAAUCGCACCACACCACCAGCCGUUUCUAUCAGCCACCGCAGGAAGAUGCGGAUUCUGCACCAUCCGUCAACGAUGUGUCGCCGGAACCGCGGAUAGGUGGGACGGUGGAGCCGGUCGAGCAGGGUAGCAGUAGUGUAAGCAGUAGUGAUACCAACGAGUAUGAAGAAUACGUAGGAUCAAGGAAGGAUGUCGUCGUCGACGAAAUGGUGGAAGAACUAGCGGAGCCAGAGCUGGAUAACGAGAUCGGUGAGAGUGAGCCGGACGUUGGUGACGACGGUGACAGCUCCAGCAGGCCCGAUCCUAAAACACUAGUCGAGAUAGAGAAGAAUCUCUUGAGCCUGUUCGGGUUUCCUAAUCGACCAAAAAUCGAUAGAUCUAAGGUGGUGAUACCGGAGGCGAUGAAGCAGCUGUACGCGCAGAUCAUGGGCCACGAUCUGGUCGACUCCGUCAGUGUACCAAAGGAAGGACUCAACACGCGCAACGCCAACACGGUGCGAAGUUUCACGCACGAAGAAAGUCACAUAGACGAGCGGUUCCAGCAUCACCAUCGCUUCCGGCUACUGUUCAACGUAUCGAGUAUCCCGAGAGGUGAGAAGUUGCGGGCCGCAGAACUCACGCUGACACGCGACGGUAUCGCGCAUAAGAGUGGCCGGGCACUAGCAAGAACACCGCUCCUCUAUCAGGUGCUGGUGUACGACAUUGUGCGGCCAGGCGUUAAAGGUAAGCGAGCGCCAACCUUCCUGCUGGUCGACACGAAAUCGCUCGCAGUCAACGAGUCCGGUACGGCUAGCUUCGAUGUGAUGCCGGCCGUGGAGCGGUGGUUAAGGCAACCGCGCAAAAACCACGGCCUGUUCGUGCAGGUGACCAGCCGUGGACGUGGAGCCGCACACAGCCGGCAGCGUCGCAGUGUACCGGCCGCCCCGGUCCACGAGCACGUACGGUUGCGACGGAAUGUGGCCGAACGGCACGACACCUGGGUGCAGAAGCAACCGUUACUGUUCACCUACACCGACGACGGUCGGCACAAGCAGCGACCGAUACGGGACGCGAUCAGUAGCGCGAACCGUGCACGGCGUGCCUCGGCCAAGCGGAGCAGUCGGCGGAAAAACGAACUCUGCCAGCGGAAGCCACUGUACGUCGACUUCAGCGAUGUCGGUUGGAAUGACUGGAUAGUGGCACCGCCCGGGUACGAAGCGUACUUCUGCCAGGGUGACUGUCGCUUCCCGAUAGCGGACCAUCUGAACACGACGAAUCACGCGAUCGUGCAGACGCUGGUCAACUCCUACAACCCGACGCUCGCACCGAAGGCUUGCUGCGUACCGACGCAGCUGUCCUCCAUCUCGAUGCUGUAUCUGAACGAGCAGAACAAGGUGGUGCUGAAGAACUACCAGGACAUGACAGUCGUCGGUUGUGGCUGCCGGUAAAAAAAGGGGUUGGAAAGGGCUUUGUGGGGAGAAAGGGGAACGUUUUCUGUAAGAAAACAAACCGAGGGUGAUGACGCACUAUAGGGAGCGAAUGCAAAACAAGUGGAGAACAGAAAGAACAAGGAUGAAAUGCACGGAUGACCAUAGGAAUCGGCAGGGCCGCUACUGUUUGUUUAAUUAUUACUUUAAAUCUUUUUUUUUUGUUUUGUGUAUAACGUUCGAACGUACUAAGAAAAAAGAAGAAGGGAAUGUUAGCAUAUACAUAUGCGUAUGGAGUAGAAAUUGUAGCGAAAAGCAAACAGUUGUACCAUAUAGUAGAUUGCCAUUAGUUCACGCUACUGCAAGUUCACGGACUGGUAAGUGCGCGGUAACAUCAAGUAGUAGAUCAAGCCAUAAACAAAACAUAAUAAAAAAAGGGGGUGAAAAUAAAACUUAUCGAAAAUGAAAGCAAAAUAACAGCAACACAAAAAAUACAUAAACUGUUUGUGAAGAAACGCGGUAUUGUCCGUCCAUGCGGUACGGUAGCAGUAAUGUUCAGGAGCCUGUGUGGGAAGGGAAUAGGCUGGGAAACUAGUGCUGUGGCAUAGGUGUUAGUGGCGGAGACUUCAGCAAAAGGGGGGCUCAUGUGUACAUAUUUAUUUGAUAGGAAGUCAUAGGUAGCCGGCCGAAGAGGAGAUACAAAAGGAUCCGUUGCUGCUCUGUCACAGAGGGAAGAGGAGACCUUCUAGUGUGUAUAAAGUAACAGGAACUAUAUAGUGAGAUAAAUAGUGCAUUAAACUUAUAGCGUUGCGAUGUGGUUUGGAAAUGGAAAUGCUGUAAACAGUGCACUGACAAGCAAUUCGCACAAAAGCAUGGUGAUGUGACGUUCGAAGUCAAACAAAAAGUCACGAACUCGCCCCAAAAACCCGUUGUGUAAAGUGUAAGCAAACGAGUCGAUAGAAGAAGAAAAAAAAACACACCGCUUAAUGCUAUUUAUUGCAAUGGAACUAAAUAAUGGAAGCAUUUGUGGGGUUCUGUGUCUGUCUUUUUUAAUAUUCGAGUUUGUUUGUUUUGCUUCGUGUAGUUUGUGAGCAGCUUUUAUAAAGUUUCCAAACCCCAACACUUUUCCGAUGCGUCCUCCCUGGGAUGAACACUAUUACUGUUUAGGCACCGGCUACAAUAUGUUUGAAUAUGAUUUUGUGUGUAAAUUUUUGUAUAUUAUUACUGUACCUGUAACGGAAGAAAACGUAUUUAUUUUACGAAAACGGAAGCGUGUAAUUGAGGAAUAAAUUUGUAAGAAAUUCAAACCGUA